ACAGGCGCGGCCACCUGAGGAGCCGGGUAGCCAAAGCAGCGGCAGGCUCAGCCCAGAUCUCGCGAUACUCAGCCCAGAUCUCAGAUUACGCCUCGCGAGAUUUGACUGCUUGUCCCUGAGAGGCGGGUGGGUGGUCGCUCUGGGGGUUAUGGGUGGGGUCUGGUAUCCGGCAUGGAGGCGCCUCUUUUUCUGUGGCUGGAGCUCGUUUCACCGUGGGUCUACAGCCAGGGCUGCAGAGAGGGUAGAGCCGUUUCUUAGGCCAGAGUGGAAUGGGACAGGAGGUGCCGAGAGAGGACUGAGGCUCCUGGGGACCUGGAAGCGCUGCAACCUUGGAGGCUGGGACCCGGCAGUGCAGCCGCCGUGGAGGCCUAAGAGCUCGAACCGUUUUAGGCGCGCGCAGGAGGAGGAAUGGCGGCGGCGGAACAAGACGGUCCUCACUUACGUGGCCGCGGUCGCCGUGGGCAUGCUGGGGGUGUCCUACGCCGCCGUACCCCUUUAUCGGCUCUACUGCCAGACUACUGGACUUGGAGGAUCAGUAGUUGCAGGUCAUGCAUCAGACCAGAUUGAAAACAUGGUGCCUGUUAAGAAUCGAAUCAUUAAAGUUACCUUUAAUGCAGAUGUGCAUGCAAGUCUCCAGUGGAACUUCAGACCUCAGCAAACAGAAAUAUUUGUGGUUCCAGGAGAGACUGCACUGGCAUUUUACAAAGCUAAGAAUCCUACUGACAAACCAGUAAUUGGAAUUUCUACAUACAAUGUUGUUCCAUUUGAAGCCGGACAGUAUUUCAAUAAAAUACAGUGCUUCUGUUUUGAAGAACAAAGGCUUAAUCCCCAAGAAGAAGUAGAUAUGCCAGUGUUUUUCUACAUUGAUCCUGAAUUUGCCGAAGAUCCAAGAAUGAUUAAGGUUGAUGUUAUCACUCUUUCUUACACUUUUUUUGAAGCAAAAGAAGGGCACAAGUUGCCAGUUCCAGGAUAUAAUUGAAGUCAGCAACUAAGUCUUCCUUCAAAGUUGUGGUUUUUGGGAAAAUCAUGUAUCCUGCCUUCUCAGAGGAGAAAUAUUGUACAAUAAUUUGAAGCCUUAUAUUUUAAAAAGCUAUUUUCUCAACUCAUUUAUUUCACUUAAAAUUGAGAGAACAGGUUCAGCUUUUAUCAUAAGAAACCCACAUGUCUAGCUAGAAUAUAUGGCUGACCAGUCAAUCCCAUACUGAAGAGUUUGAUAGUGUUAAAAUAAGCCGCUUUGUUUUUUAAAUAUGCAGGCAUGGACUUAAUGGUUUGGCUUAAGUCUAUAGUUCCCUUCUAGAUUAUUCACUCUUCAUAAUUAUAGCAAUGAAUCUGAGAAUGUUUUCAAAAAUGUAUGCUCAGGGUUAUCUGUUUCAAGUCAUAGGCCAGAACUUCUGACCAUGUUUAUUAUUUUGUCUAAAAGAGUUGGUUGCUAUUUUGAACAGUCAGUAUUUUAAAAGCUCAAAGUAGAAGAGGAGUCACUAAGCCCUAACAGCUUGUCCAAAGAUUUAAAUUCUUAUUUCAAAUUUGACUUUUUGUCCUAUAAGAUCUAGGGCUAUUUUAUAUUCAGAGUUCUGAAUAAUUACUUUGAAAUUGUCCUAUCAUGAAAUUGAAAUAAAAUAAGUAUAUUUACUAGGCUGAUAGCUUUUACCAUCAUCAUUACAAAUCCAUGAAUGUUAAAAUGUACAGGUGGGAUUGUGAUUUACUGACAUCAAAAGUUCUUCUGGGAACAAACUUUGUAAAAAAAAAAAAAAAAGAUGUAUUAAAUUAUUUUAAUAGUGAUUUAUUUUUCAUCAAAUGUAAAACUUAUUCUGAAUAUUUUCCAGUUGUCUGUGUUCCAAAUAGAAAUGUUAAGUUAUAGUAAAAAGAGAGAAAAUACUAUUUAGCAUUACAAAGAAUCAAAAAGGCCACCCAAUGCAGAGUCUAGUGACCUCUUCAGGACACCUAAAAUAUAAUUAAAUGACAAUCAUCAAGGCUUUAACAAUUUAUAAUUCUAAACCAGAAGAUUAUUUAUAAAGAAGUGCAAAUUGACUUUUACAUUCAACUUUAGUUAAAUGAAGGCACUCAGUAUUUAUUCUUCCAGAAUAAUACUUUCAGUUUCUUUCAUUUUAUUCUUUCAUCUAUUCAGAAUUAUUUUAUAGUAAGAUAAUCUCUUAUACACAGCUGUGUGAUGAUUUGUAAAUGUAGGAAGGCCUGUGAAACACAUGACACUGCAGUUAAAUUGGUUGGCCUAAGGACUAAGUAAUUAUUUUUCUGCUAAAGUUUUAAGUUGAGUAUUUGUUCCAAACAAGUUCUGUUGAAAUCUCACGCUGUUGUCAGGAAUCACUGUUAUCCUGGAACUGUUAUUCUUCUGUUUAAUCUUCAUAAUAGCAGAAAUGUUCCACCGUAGCUUUGACAUGUUGGUAGGUAGGUAUUGUCUUCCAGGCCUCAAAGCUGCACAGAGUCUACUCAUUAGAGAGUUGGCACCUUUGAUGUGGCUAGUGAGGUGAUCAUCCUCUUUCUUCUAGAAUAGAGAAGAAAAUGGCCAGUAUUCAUCCUGUCCUUCUCUUUCCCCAUUUCUUGGUAACUCUCGUACUUGUCUCUCCUGGGAGGCUAGAGAGUCACAGUCUAGUAGAAAAAAGGUAAGAAUGUGCUUCUUCCAUAGGGGAGAGUAUAAGAGGAAUAAAUAAGUUUAAUAAUUCAUUGGUGACCAUUAAAUAGUAAAUACAUGGGAUCAGUAGUGCUGAAAAUGGGAAAAACUCAAGACCUAUUUGGAGGAGUAACAGUAAAUGGGUCUACUGGUACCAGUUAACAAGUAUUAACUGCACAUGAAAGACAAAUGCCUGACUUCAGUGCUACUUCUAUUGUUCAUCUAUUUUUGUUAGCACUAAUGUUUCUAUACCAUAAAGUAACUAAUGCAUUCCCAAGCCUUAUUAUUUACAGAUGACAGAAGCACAAAGAAUGAUUUUCAUUAGUGAAUAAUGGUUCCCCAUAAUUUGAGUGAUUCAGGAGAACUCAUAUUUCAAAGUGUCAGACUCAGAUGGCCCUUACAAAAUAUAAAUACUAAAUACAUAAAGUGAUAAUUAUACUGAAAUUAUUUGUAAUAUGGAAUUAAGUUGUGUAAGUUGAAGUUUUUACCUCAGUCAACAUGAUUUUGAGCUCCUU